AUGGGCAAUCGAAGUUCAAAAAAGAAAAAUAAUGACAGACCUUCGACUGCUUAUGGACAACAACAACACCAAUUGAUGAAUGAUGGUGGGAGUGGUUUUAUUGAUUCACUACCAACAGCACCAUCUAAUGCUCAUAUUUUGCAUUCACAAUCCAGCCGAGUCAGUAGUGAUAGCGGUAUUCACCCCAAAUCGAGCAAGACUAGACAAAUUUAUAUUGCCAAUUAUGAUUUUAAUGGUGCACAAACGAAUGGAGAACUUAGCUUUCGACAGCAAGAUAAACUGGAAAUAAUCGAUCGACAUACAUAUAAUGAAUGGUGGCUUGCAAAAAAUUUGAGAACCGGACAAUCUGGUUAUGUACCUGCUAACUAUAUAUCGCCAAUAAAUGAUUUAACAUCGAUCGAAUGGUAUUUUACUGAUACAAAUCGUCGAGAUGCUGAACGUUUUCUAGAACAACCACAUAAUGGUAAAGGAACAUUUUUAAUUCGACCGUCAGAUUCGAAUCAAGGCCAAGAAUCAUUAUCUGUACUUGAUCUAAGUUCCGACAAACAUUUUCAUGUUAAACAUUAUCGUAUACGUCGUGCUGAUUCAGGCUUAUAUUAUAUAAGUAGCAAAAUUUUAUUUCCAACAUUACAUGAACUUGUUAAGCAUUAUCAAACUAAACAAGAUGGCUUAUGUUGCAUAUUAAGCCGAGCGUGUCCUAAAAUAAAGCCCGCAUUACCCGAUAUUGAUCGUCACGGUUUGUUAGAACUUGAUCGUAAACAACUAGAGAAAGUCGAAUUAUUAGGUAAAGGUAAUUAUGGUGAAGUUUAUCAUGGAAAAUAUGGUACUCGUGAUGUGGCAAUUAAAUAUAUGAAAACUGAUAUAAAAAAUCGUUCAUCAAAUGUUGAGAAAUUCCUUGAUGAAGCUAAAAUUAUGAAAGAUUUAAAUGAUAAAAAUAUCGUACGAUUGUAUGGUGUAUGCACAAAAGAAGAACCGAUUUUUAUCGUUACAGAAUAUAUGACAAACGGUUGUUUGUUAAAUUAUUUACGUGAACAUGGAAAAACUUUAAAACCGAGUAACCUUGUUGAUUUCGCUACACCAGUUGCCAAAGGAAUGUGGUAUCUUGAACAACGACAAUUUGUUCAUUGUGAUCUAGCAGCACGUAAUAUUUUGGUUGGCGAACAAAAUACUGUCAAAAUUGCUGAUUUCGGCUUGGCCAGAGUUGUACAAGAUGGACGUUUACUUGUUGAUCGUGAAUCACAAUUUCCAAUAAAAUGGACGGCACCCGAAGCAGCAACGAAAAAAGAAUACACAACUAAAAGUGAUGUAUGGUCCUACGGAAUUUUACUCUACGAAUUAAUAACAAGAGGUUCAAAUCCUUAUCCAGAUAUGAGCAAUAACGAAGCGUUACAAGCUGUUUUGAAUGGUUAUCGUAUGCCACAACCACCAGACUGUCCUGAUUCAUAUUAUUGUAUUAUGUCCAGGUGUUGGGAAGAAAAUCCGGACAAUCGUCCUACAUUUGAAAAUUUGUAUAAUCUUUUUGACGAUUAUGAAAUUCAAGCUGAACCCAAUUAUAGAGAGACAUAA